ACUGCGCCGUGUGCCGACAACCCUUACUCACCCUCAUAAUUAUGUCCGAUUCACUGUAAAUAACAACACCAUGGCUAUUGCAUUCUGCGGAAAGAGAGUCAUCUUGACACGGAACAGUUUCCUCAAGACCUUGAAACGAAGAAAUGGAUACAUCAUCCUUCUCCCAGAGAUCGGGGAGGACAUGCCGGAGAAAAAUCCAUUGCUCAAGGAGGAUGGCCUCCCUGAAUUCAAUACAUUCACGAUUGAAAGAUCGAUGGCUGCUGUCGGACAGCAGACAGUUCUGUUUGAGCAGGGAAUUUCAAAGAUUGAGCAUGACAUAAAAGCCACCGACAAUCUCGACAUAAUAAAGCAAGUGCUCCACCCCCUGGAGGACCUCUCGAUCCCCCUGGAAACAACCUGGGGUGUGACGAAAGCCCUCUAUUUCGGCAACCAGAGCCUGAUGCCAACAGAAUACUACCUGAGCAUUCACAACCGCAUGAUAAGGGCACAGACCGCCAAGUACACCAGUGUUCCACUCUACAAAGCCUUCAAGAAUGCCCUCGCCUCGAAGACUCCCUUAACCGACGAGCAAAGGCGCCUGAUCCAGAAGUACCUCCUAGAGGGUCAGCUCAACGGUCUCGACCUAAGCGAGAAAGACGCCCUAGUCCUCAAACACUGCACCUACUCCAUCACCAAGAAAUCGGAAGCAAUGAGGAAGAAGGUGGAGAUCUCGACCGCAGUAUUCAAGACAAACAUCGAAGAUCCAGUGAUUGUCAAAGACUUUCCCGAGGAUUUCCUCCGUCAGAUCGCAGUGGACCCGAAGAACCCUCUAUCCGGCCCCUGGAAGAUAACCCUGGAGCCUCGAAUUUACUCACAAUUCAUGGAAAACUGUCCAGACAGGGAAAUCAGGUGGAACGUCUGGCAGGCGUACGUUGGUAGAUCAUCGAUGCACAUGGACGGCAACGUGCGCACAAGUGGGGACCUCGAGAACAUUCGUGACUACAGGAUGACGCAAGCCAAACUCCUGGGUUUCAAGUCCUACGCGGAGAUGAGCAUGAUGACGAAGACAGCCGGCAGUCUGAAGGCAGUCUACUCAGUCCUGGACCGACUGCUGGAUGCAGCGAGACCAGCCCAGGAGAAAGAGCUAAAGGAACUGAGGACCUUCGCCCAAGAUCGAGGCUUCGAGGGUGACCUCCUGUGGUGGGACGUGGACUACUGGAGCAGAAAGCACCGCAGGACAGUCUACAAUUACAAGGACGAGAUCCUCUGCCAAUACUUCCCCCUGCCGCAGGUCCUCAAGGGUCUGUUCAGCCUCAUCGAGGAGCUCUUCGACGUGAGGAUCGUCGAGGGGAGGAAGACCGACGUCUGGCACACAGACGUCAGAUUCUUCGACGUUGUGGACCUGAAGACAUCUCAGGAGCCCAUAGCCCACUUCUACCUCGACCCUUACGCCAGGGAGAAGCACAAGAUGUCGCUGGAGGAGGGGGGCUGGAUGGUGGCAAUGCAGAGUCGAAGUAAAAUCGUGGGCGUGAAGCCUCUGACAGCUCUCGUCUUCAAUUUCCCCACUCCCUACGCCGAUGUUCCCUCUUUGCUCUCUGUCAGCGAUGUCACUGAGCUCUUUGAGAAGGUGGGAACAGCCCUCCAGCAUCUCCUUACGAAGGUUAAUUACGGCGAGCUUGCGGGGACCUCCAAUGUCGAGUGGGACGCUGCUGGUGUCAGUGGACACUUCAUGGCGAAUUGGUGUUAUGAGCCUAGGGUCAUUAAGAAAAUAUCUAGUCAUUACAAGACGCAGGAGGCACUCAGCGAUGAACAUGUGGAGAGCAUCAGUAGAAUCAGGUCGCAGAUGGCUGGUUUCAAACUUUGCAAAGAAAUUUAUCGGUCGAAUUUUGAUCUUCAGCUGCACGAGUCGCAGGAGUUUUGGGCGAAAAUCCAGAAGAAACUUUGGGACAGGCAUUUUGUCAUUCCUCAUGACAGGGAUGACUCGCAGAUUACUUCUUGGGUUUCCAUUUUUUGCUAUAAUUUGGGGGCUGGGUAUUACAGCAAUUUGUGGAGCCAGAUGAUGGCGGCCGAUGUCUACAGCGCUUUUGCGGAGGUCAGGGGGGAUGAGGGGAAGGCGAGGGAGAUUGCGGGGAGGUUUAAGGAGACGUUCUUGGCGCUAGGGGGGAGUGUUCCGGCGGGGGAGGUCUUCAGGAGGUUCAGGGGGCGCGAUCCUAAUUCUAAGGCGUUGCUCAGGAGUCUUGGGCUGAAGCCGGGGGACGGUGGGGUGGAGUGA